AUGUUCUUGAAGCAGAUCUCUAUGGCAUGCUUGCUCACUCUGGCAUUGACUGCCCAAGUGCAAGCCGCCCCUGUGUGGGAAGGAAACACGACAUUGGCCAACUUACUCGACGCACGUGGUAGUAGCUGCGGAUCCGUGCGGGGCUGCUCGCAAUGUGUGGCGAUAUCCGAUUGCGCAUUCAGCAAGGUCACGUUUGAAUGCCAGAACAAGAAGGAAGGAAGCAAGGAACAAGUACAGAGCAAUGUUGGAUGUCCUCAGAUGAACCAAAUGCAGAGCGUGUUUCCCGCAGCAAAGGGAAAGAAGGCAGGGUUGAUCCCGGACAAUGUCAGCAAGGAGUUCACGAGAAUCAGCCAUCACAUCUUCGACGGAGAAUCGAGUAACAAGAACUCGGGUCGACACACCACUAGUGCUUGGCUUAAAGCUCACCCAGGAGAUAAGCCAAUCGCCCAGAAUGCUGCGACGCACAUCUUGGAGUUCAAGCCGCAGAAGACUGUCUGGGAUUCCGACUUCUACAGCGACCUAGACAUCAUGAAUAUGUGCGCUGUCAGCAUCCAGCUCGGUGGAAUCAAUGCCCCUGUUCCCGGCAAGGCAUUCGUGGUGCAAAGUCCAUUCGGCCAAACGCUGACCCAAGGAAAGCGCUAG